AGGGGAUUUCUUUCCUCUACCUGGAUAGCACUCGAUUGUGUUCGGCUGCAAGUAUCAUCGUUCACUUAAACGAUACUCUUUGUGAAGCGCCAGUAACACUAUUCUUAUCCUUAAGUGUUCUUUUUCCAAACAUCGAUUCGGCACAAUGAAACGUCUGAUACUAGUCGUGGUCUUGGGUUUAGCAGUAGCCCAAGAUCCAAAUUAUCGCAGCAAUUACCAAGACGAUGAACGACAGAAUGCUGCUACCGAUGGAAGACGAGGUACAACGACAACGCCAAUUCCUAUUUUACAUUGGAACAAACAGCAGGAACAUGAUGGAACUUACAAGACCAGUUACGAAACCGGGAAUAAUAUCAUUGCCGAGGAGAGCGGUUACAUCAAAACAGUUGGUGAAGGUGCGGAGCAAGGUGAGGCAUUAGUACAACAAGGGAGUUAUUCCUACAUGAGUCCGGAGGGGCAGUUGAUCACCAUUCAUUAUACCGCGGACGAGACGGGCUUUCACGCGUCCGGCGAUCAUAUUCCCACGCCACCACCAGUCAGUGAAGAGAUUCAGAAAGGCCUCGACCUCAUCUUCGCAGGCAUUCGACAACAGGAGGUACAUAUAUACCAUCUAUAUACAUAUAUGCUACCUACGAUCUUUUAUUUCUUAUCGUCCCCAUCUAUCUACUUCUAUCUCUAUCUUUUCUCUCAUUCUCUCUCUCUUUCUCUUUCUUCUUUUUACCUACCCUGUUUCCUCGCGCAACAUCCUUCUUCCUAUCCCUUUCCAUCUCUAUCGUUCUGGAAGAACAAACUCUUGCGAAAACAACAACUUCGACGUUUCUUUUCUCUUUCGAUAUCUCGAUCUUUCGACUUAACAGGUCGUAACGCAACAUUUAAAUACAUUUCUACAUAUCUUUCUUUUUCUUUUUCUACGUUUAUAGGAAGCCGAAGCGCGAGAGGCUGCCUCGAAGAACCAACAGCAACCAUUGAGUCAACAAAUCGAUAGGAGGGACGAUUACGAUAAAAAGUUCCGACAAUAAGGACCAAAUAAUCUUCUCCUCCAACGUCCAGUAACCAGUUUUCAUUCGUACUCACCCAAUCAAGACAUACCGUUUCGUUUCUAGCGUGUUAUAUAGCAUGGCAUUUUUGCUAAGGCGUAGCGAUUAAGUCAUUAGAUCACGUAUUAAAACCCGUCCCUCUCAUCUCUAUCGAUAAUACACUCGAUUAUUACGUA